CAUUAUUUCUCCAAUUACUUGUAUUCCUCUUGACGAAACGCAACUGGCGUCAGGCAGUCCUUCCUCGUCUUGGUGACCAACAUCAUCGUUUCAUCCUCACAGAGAGUCCCUGGCUUACUGCCAAACUGGUGUGCAAUGAAAGUAAAAAUAGCUUCUAAUCUUGGAAGACAAUUUUGUUUAGACUAAAUUUCGUUAGAAAAGUAUUUCACAAAUGGAUGGAGGUGCAAUUUUAGCUCGCUCCCUUGUUGACCAAGGUGUUGAGUAUGUGUUUGGAGUAGUGGGCUUUCCAGUUAUAGACUUUGCUGUCGCUGCUCAACAUGCUGGCCUCAAGUACAUUGGCAUGCGUAAUGAACAGGCGGCGAGUUAUGCUGCAUCUGCAAUGGGUUACUUGACCGGCAGACCCGCAGUAUGUCUGGUUGUAUCCGGCCCAGGAUUAGUGCAUGCUCUUGCUGGCAUGGCCAACGCAGCUGUCAACUGCUGGCCACUUAUCGUUGUUGGUGGUGCGGGAGAGUCUGCUCAGGAAGAAAUGGGAGCGUUCCAGGAGUUUCCCCAGGUCCAUGCCAGUCGACCUUAUUGCAAAUUGGCCGCGCGUCCAUCCAGCCUACAAGCAAUCCCCUUGUAUGUUGAAAAGGCAGUCCGCACGUGCACGUUUGGCCGUCCCGGUGUCUCCUACCUGGAUUUCCCUGCCGACAUGCUAUCGGGAACCUGCCCAGAAGAUGGCAUACGGUGGUCUCUCCGAUGCCCUGCGCCGCCAGUAUGCCAAGCUGACAGCGCCGAUGUGGCCACGGCCAUCAGGACACUGCGCCAGGCUAAGAAGCCGCUCAUUAUUGUGGGCAAAGGCGCCGCGUAUGGACGUGCUGAGGUCGCCACUCAGGGGCUGAUUGAUGUGACGCGAAUACCAUUUCUCGCAACACCGAUGGGCAAGGGUGUAGUUGCUGAUGACCAUCCGCACUGCGUGGCCGCUGCUAGGUCCAAGGCAUUGUCCCAAGCCGAUGUUAUCCUGCUGUUAGGCGCCCGCCUCAACUGGAUUCUGCACUUCGGUCAGCCGCCGCGGUUUAGACAGGACGUUCAGGUUAUCCAGGUUGACAUUUGCCCAGAGGAGUUAGGUAACAACUGCUGGUCAUCUCAGUGUGUUCGUCUUCAUGGAAGUAUAGCAGCUGUUACCAAGCAGCUAGUGUCUGAGGCCGGUGGUACAUCCUGGCAGGUGCCAGGUCAUCGCCUGUGGGCGGACGAGUUGAAAUCCAUUGCAAAUGAAAAGGAGUCUGGAAGACAGGCCAUGGAGCGCCCCACUGCACCGCCGAUGAGCUAUUACCAAGUGUUUGCUGAGGUGCGUGCUGUCAUUCCCAGAGACUGUGCUAUGGUGAGUGAGGGUGCUAACACUAUGGAUAUCAGUCGAUCAACUUUGCCAUGCUGCCGUCCAAGGCAACGACUUGAUGCAGGCACUUUUGGGACGAUGGGAGUGGGUGUUGGGUUUGCAAUCGCCAGUGCCCUGCACGAGACGGACGCUAAGACUGGCCGCCACGUCCUGUGCGUGCAGGGAGACAGUGCUUUCGGCUUCUCGGCCAUGGAGCUGGAGGUGGCGUGUCGCUACUCGUUGCCCAUAAUCUUCCUGGUUGUUAACAACAAUGGCAUCAGUUUGGGCACAACGCAGUCCCUGUGGAAGGAUAUGGUGACAGAUGGUGGCGUUCAUCCUGCACGCAGUGCGCCACCAACCUCUCUCUUACCGUCAGCACGCUACGAGAAAAUUGCCGAGGCAUUUGGAGCACCCGGCUACUACGUUCAGACGACCGCGGAGCUGAGGACAGCGCUGCAGCGUGCCGUGAAGCGACCACUGGCCGAUGGCCCAUGUCUCAUACACGCUGCAAUCGACCCGCUUGCUAGCCGCAUUGCUCAGGAACACAAUUGGUUGACCCUCUCCAAGCUCUGAUCGUGCUAUUGUGUGUCAAGCCAUCCAAGGGCACCAAUGCCAGUGCGCUGGUGUGUCACUGCGCGGCCUUCCCUCUCGUCGUAGCCUGGCUGAGAAGGAUUGUUCGAAUUUGGACCAAGUGAUGUACUGGAACUUCAGAUGAAAACGGCAAUGUUAGAAAUCUUGUUUUCCAGGCUGGUGCGUUUGUUGCACUAUUCAUCCUCAUCCUCUUGGUGAUCUAUUCGCGCACAGACACUACGCCCGGCUCCUGGUUAUGCGACUGGAUCAGUUGGCGGAUAUUCUAUUUUGAUGAAACGGCUGUCCCAAGCAUACUCCCUUUUCUAAGUUUUUUUGUUUGUUUUUCGGUGGGAGUGUUCGCCCAUACCAGUCAUGCCGGCUGUGAACCGACAGGAUUCCAACAUUAUGCCCUCUCUUUGAAAUGAUUUAAUUUCUAGACAUUUAAAAAAAAGAAUUUGUGUUCUGCAACACGCUUCAAAAUGCUAGGACUCUAUAUCUAACUAACCGCUAGUUGCCCAACUCUUUUUUUAUGAGGCUGUGCAGUACAGUGCUAUACAUGUACUACAAAUGUGUUCAGUCUAGCUCUCUAGGUCUAUCUCUUUUUCAUUAUUGAACUGGUAAUUUGCACGCCUCGCUAUUUAAUUUUUUGUUUGUCUCCCGCUACCAGUUAGAUUUGUGAAUGAUUGAGCACCAGAGAGAGAGAGAGAGAGAGUCCCGGGCUCACAACACAUCCGAAUACUUUCCUUUACUUCUUGUGUCAACUGUACGGUUGUGUCCUCGUUUGCGCAAUGUAUACCCAGACCGGAAAGGUCGCAACAUGCCA